AUGGUCGAAAUCAAGCCCUUUGGUUCAUGGCCCUCCCCCGUCAGUGGAGACUCAUUGUCAGGUGGCAUUUCAGCAGCCGAUAUCGUCGUCGAUCGGCAGAUUGUCUAUUGGUGUGAAGUGGUUCCUGCUGAACAAGGCCGUGGUCAGAUCUUUUAUCGUGCACCUGGCAAUGCUGAACCUACGCUAUUACUUCCUCUCGAGUACAAUUGUCGCACGCGUGUACACGAAUAUGGUGGUGGUAGCUUUACUGUCAAGAAUGGUCUUGUGGUGUUUUCCAACAAUAGCGAUGGUCGCUUGUAUACGGCCAAUCUCACGCAAGGAGGGGACAAUGUUGAUAUCAAGCCAUUGACACCUGACACUGGCAGCUUGAAGCGAUAUGGCGAUAUGCGUAUUGAUGAGGAUGGCCACUAUGUCGUUUGUGUGGAGGAGGAGCAUUUUGAGAAUGAGCAACCCAAGGAUGUGGUGAAUCGAUUGGUGUCCGUGAGCCUCAAGGAUGGCGCAGUGCAUGUAUUGGCUGAAGGCAAUGACUUUUAUACUUCUCCUCGUCUCUCUGGAUCCCGUAUUGCCUACAUCACCUAUAAUCACAGCAACAUGCCAUGGGACUUUACCAUGUUGUACCUUGCCGACUUCGCUGGCUCCAGCUUGAAAUCCUCAACUUGUAUUGCAGCCAAUGAUGAGAGUGUAGUGCAACCCGAAUUUGGUGUGGAUGGGACCUUGUAUUUUGCAUCGGAUCGUUCUGGAUUCUGGAAUUUGUAUCGCUACCAUGACAACCAGGUCAAGCUUUUGUUGCCGAGUCCUUUGGAACAAGAAUUCGCAGGUGCUUGUUGGGCAUUGAAUAUGGCGUGGUACAGACCAGCCGCUUGGGAUGCAAACAAGGUCAUCUGCAUGAACAAGGAUCAUUUGGCUAUCAUUGACGUUGACAAGCAAACCAUGUCCAACAUUGAAGCUUUGAAUGACUAUGUCGACUUUGAUUACGUAACCAGCUAUGCCAAGGAGGGUCAACAACAUGGUGGUGUGCUCGUAUUCAAUGCUACAUCGGAUCAAGCUCCUUGUGAACUAGUCGCUUUUGAUUGUGAAACGUCUACUCGUACAAUCCUUCGUGAACCCAAGGCACCCGCUCUUGAUCGUGAAUACGUAUCCCGUGGCCAAGAAAUCGAGUUCCCCACUGAAGAUGGAUUAACAGCUUUUGCUUACUAUUAUCCACCAAGAAAUCCACGCUAUCAAGGCCCUACAGGUGAAAAACCACCAUUACGUGUAUUGUUGCAUGGCGGCCCUACUGCAGUCACCAAUCGUGCCUAUAACCGCAGCAUUCAAUAUUGGACCACACGUGGCUUUGCUAUUGCGGAUGUCAAUUAUGGAGGAAGCACUGGCUAUGGACGUGCCUAUCGCAACAGGCUCAAGAAGAAAUGGGGUAUUGUCGAUGUCAAUGAUUGCUGUAACGCUGCCCUGUACCUGGUCAAGCAAGGAUGGGUCGAUGGAGAAAAGCUCACCAUUGUAGGUGGAAGUGCUGGUGGUUAUACAACGCUGGCAUCGAUUGCUUUUCGGGAUGUAUUCAAGGCUGCAUGCUGCAAAUAUGGCGUCUCAGACAUCACUUUGCUUGCCAAGGAAACACACAAGUUUGAAUCCCGUUAUCCUGAUGAGCUGAUCGGCAAAUAUCCCGAAGACGAGGCCAUUUACAAAGAGCGCUCGCCUCUCUUCUCAGCAGACUUGAUCAAGUGUCCUGUUAUCUUUUUCCAAGGCGCCGAUGAUAAGAUUGUUCCUCCUUCUCAAUCCGAAGUGAUGGUGGAUGCUCUAAAAAAGAAAAAUGUUCCUGUGAGCUAUGUUUUGUAUCAAGGCGAGGGUCAUGGAUUCCGUCGUGCUGAGAACAUCAAACGUACCGUUGAAUUGGAGCUUUGGUUCUAUGGACAAAUGUUUGGCUUCCCUGUUGAAGGCGUUGAAGGUGUAGAAAUAUACAACUUCCCCAAGAAUGCUGCUUAG